UGCGCCAAAGUCGAGAGAAAUGUAGAAAAAUCGAAAAAUGUAGCGCAUAGCCUCAGUUGAUGUCGUUGCGUGUUGGCUGACAGCGUAAAAGACACAACCGUCGCCUCUAAAUUCAAAGAGAAAAAAACGAGACCACAAAAUUAAAAGUCAAAUAAUCUGUGAAAAUCGGCAAUGAAGUAAUAAAAAGUCAAACUUGAUCGGUAUUCAAAACAAAUAGGUUGUGUUGAGUGCAGCAAAAGAAAAAUUGAUCAGCCAAAAGGUCGCCAAUCAAUACAAAUUCAAGCUGUUAAAGCCAACAGCCUUGCAAUUUUGAGCAUGUCAUCCGCAAGCCAGGUCAAAAAGCAAAGGCAAACGGCCAAAAUAAACGCGCUGUGUGCUAUUUGCGAGUGUGAAUUGCAUUAGGAUUUGUUUGGCCCACUUUGUGUGCUGAAUCGAUUUCUGCCUACAUAUUAUGCAAACACCUGCGCAACGACAACUGCGACAACUUAACCAGCCCGCAGGACAGUGUUAAUCAAUAAAAGCCUGUGCAAGUGCUAAAGGCCAAUUGUUCCGUUUUAGCUGCAAUGUCGUAAUACUGAGGGAGUUAUGCAGUUGCCGAACUGUAAAUUUGAGCGCUUCUAUGCCGGAACAGGCUAAACCCUUCCAAUCAGAAUCGUAAACGUAUCGAGUCAGCCAGAAUUAAGGAGCGAACCUCUCCAUCAGUAUGUGGACUAAAGAAAGCGCAGCCAGACAUUGGCUGCUGGCCUUGACAGUUAUUUUGGCAUUGGCAAAAUUCGGUACAGCUGAUAAUUGUUUUCCAACCAUAUUUGGAUUUCUGACUUUUGUAUGGAUUCCAUCAGCCUCGGCCGAAUGUCAAACGCGUUCGAUUUACUGCUACGAGUGCGACUCCUGGACGGAUGCGCGCUGCAAGGAUCCAUUCAACUACACGGCCCUGCCGCGCGAUCAGCCGCCCCUGAUGACCUGCAAUGGCUGCUGUGUGAAAAUGGUGCGACACCAGAGAUCACCCUACGAGGUGGUGCGACGCAUGUGUACGUCACAAUUACAAAUCAAUUUAUUCAUGGUCGAUCACGUGUGCAUGAUGGAAAGUUCAGGCAAUGGACAUAUGUGCUUUUGUGAGGAAGAUAUGUGCAAUUCUAGUAAAAGUUUAUACUCAUUCGCAAACGGUUAUCAACAACUCAUACUCAUCACAAUGCCAUGGCUAAUACUGCUAGCUAAGUUUGUGCACAGAUAGAUCGACAUCUACAUAUACUCAGAUUGCAGGGCAUUCGUUAAAAACCCAGAGAAGCGUUAAAAGUACAUAGAGUUACACAACACAGCACACAAACAGGAACACAUACUCGAUAGUUAUCAUGCCCAACACACACACACACACACUCACACACACAUUUACACAUUGAUUUGUAGCCAAGUUGUGAUUAUUUAAGUUUCGCAUUUCAACCAAUGUAAAUGAUGUUGAUUUUCGUUCUGCUAGCACAGUUAUUAUCGAGUAAUUAAUAGAUCGAAAGUUUUGACUGCACACACACACACACACACACACAUACACACAUUUAAAAGACGCCCCCCAUAAGGGGCCCCAAUGAAUGCCGAUGCAUAUAAGACUUCUACAUGAAGAAGUGCUGCAUACGACUCUCUUACUUACAUAUAUACUAUAUAUAUAUAAUACCACAGUCCAAUGAAUCAAAAUGCGAGCUUGUUGCACUUGCCCGAAAGCAUAAUUACAUUAAUAACUAGUACUAGGUACUUGGUACUUGGUACUUGAUACCUGGUUCUUGGUACUUGGAAUGUUUGGUACUCGAGAUCUAUCAAUGAUAUGAACUACUAUUUGAAAUGCAUGUUGUUAAUGCUAAAGCAUGUAGCGCUUAAGUAGGUACUCGUAUCUGUAGUUACAUUUCUUCAAAUUUUGUUACUUACAUUUAUAGAGUCCCAAUGAAAUGAGUUACACAUUUAUCAUACAUAUGUACCAUAAGUAAGCUUAAUAAUUAACUUGGUAUAUAGAUACAUACUUAAGCAAAUGUAUAAAUUUCGUUUUGUAUAUAUCAGAGUGCCCACAUUGAAUCGGAAUCGGAAACUAAUGGAAAUUGAAAUUUAAUUUGAAUUUGAAUUUGAUAUCGAAAUCGAACCCGAAAUCGAAAAGGAAAGAUAAAGUAUUGUGCAAUGGUCAAGUCUGAAGAAUGCUUGUCAAUUGCCGCAUUAACUCAAAUGAAAUUUGCUCAUCAUGUUUAUUCCAAAGUCAAGAACUCCAUAUGCAUAACGUAACUUAACUCUUACUCUAUCUUAUCUCUAAUCACUAAGCUAAGAUCUAUGUCCAAUCAUAUCACAAUUACUUUCUCUCCAGGAGUACCUAGACAACCCACACCAAUUUAAGUUGAAUAUCCAAGUCCAGUAGUCGCUUAAACUGUAUAAAGAUUCCUAUUGAUUUCACUCUCUUUGGUUUGUUAUUCAAAAAGUGAUAAUUAGCCAGUAAGUAGCCCCAAAAAAAAAACACCCUGUAUACAACAACUCGAAGUCCUUGCUUCAGAUAUUAUGUAGAACUAUCCGAAAUUCUAAAACAGGGUUGUUGCUAAAAUUACAAUUGGAACUUUGAAGACCGAGCUGUGUACAGGGUGUCGCGCAGUCGGGCAGCCCGACUGCCCUGCUCUUUUUGUUAUUCGUGCUAGUGAUAGUUUUAAAAGAAAAUCUCAAAUCAUUUAUGUACUUAUACAUAGUUAAAUGUAGCUUAUGAUUUAUUUUUCUUUACACAUAAUUAUAAUUAUGACAACUUGAAUUUGUAUUCUAGGCAUAAAAAAAAACAGAUAUAACAAUUCGAAUUUUCAUUUAUGUAAUAGAAAAUUGGCUUAUCAGAAAUAAACAUUUUUACAAACAUACCUAUGUACAUGCUGCAUAUGUAUGCGUAUGUAUUUGCUAUACUCAUUUUGAAAAUUACUUCAACUCUCAACUUUGCCUUAUUUCAAAUCACCUAGAUCAACUUUCUCCACAACUGCACCUUACAUUUGUAAUAUACUUUAGUGCUGGCUUUAGUUACUAACUUGCUAUACUAACUAUUCUUGUAAAAAACAACCAACAUCAGGACAUGCUUGACAGCUUAAACAACUCAUCUCCGUCCAAGCGUGGAGCAUGCUCUUUACAAUAUAGCCUAGCCAUACCUCCCCGCAAACCCGCAAAUCCCCACCCCCUAAUCGCCCCCAGGUAAGUCCCACGAAGCACCAUUCUCUCUGUCGAGUUGGCCCUGCAAGGAUUCGCGUUCAGGUCCAAAGGCUUACACUAUCUGGUCCCAGAGAUUUGGAAACUGUAUUCAUCUGACACUUGGCAAUCGGAUUGGUUUUUGUAUAGUUCAUUUUUUCUUCGUUUGUCUAUUUAUGUUUUGUGGUAUGUUGGUUUAUUUGACUAUGAUAUACAUACAAUAUGCAUACAAGUAAAUACAUAUAUAAAAAUACUUACAUAUAUUUAACUAAUUUCGGUUUGUGAAUGUGGACAAUAUUCUUAUAACCAGUAUUUGAUUGACAGUUAAUGCGUUUCAAAGUUUUUAACAAAUUAACGACUUAAAUUUAUUUGCAUCAAUUUCAAGAAAUGCAAUCACCACACACAAAUUUGUAGUGCAAAAUGAAAAAAAUAUCAUUUUAGUUUAGUACUUUUUGUAGUUAACCUCUCUCGCUCACACUCUCUCUCUCUCUCUCUCUAUAUAUAUAUAUUUAUCUUUAUCUAUAUACAUAUUCUGAUUAGCUCUGUUCUCAAAACUCUCUUUUCUUUAACAAUCUUUUUACUAAUCUAUACUUCACAAAACAUAGAACUCUAAUAGACACCUCCGUAGUUUAGUUAAAGCAACAACACAAUAAAUCACGUUCCAAAUGAGAUAUGCACUCGAUACUGGGAUUGGAAUUGGAAUUGGAAUAGGAACGGAUGUAAAUAUAUAUAUAAAUACAAGUCGGCCAGCACGAAGGGGCCAACACAAAUGUAUUUAUCCACAUUAGAUACCAAUUAACCCAAUCGAAUCUUUUCGCCGACAAUUGUCUAGGUAUUGAGAAAGUUCGAUCCGUUUCUUAAGUUUCAAGUGCAUAUCAAACCUUUCAAUAAUUGGGAAACCCUACAGUCGACUACAUUUUUACAACAAACAGAUCUACAAGCACAAUACAGUCUAGUCUUAGCCAAAGCCCAAGCAGUUCUCAUAAAGCUAUCGUAAAUUUUUACUAUGCUAGGCGCGUUUUCAAUUCAAUCUUAAUUAGAACUGUGCCAUAUUAAAGGCCGCAAAUAGUCCCGUGUUUUUUUGCCAUUUUGGGCAUGAUUUUGAUCCAUAAAUUCCUCACAAUACAAAAAGCACUAAAUUAAUAUCAAAGACUUUACCAAUAUAGCAGUUGCCAUUUUAAGAAUAUUGGUAUUGGUUGUUGAAUAUUGUAAAAAAGAAAAACCAACAAAAACGAACUUAAGCAAAAACCAACAUUUCCUUAUAAGUAUACUUUUCGUUUCCUAAGUUCAGUUUAUACACAAAUCCUGAGACGAGCCCGAGCCAUGUGUUCCGCUUUCUUUCCAAUCAUCAGUUUUUCUAUCAUUCUUUUUUUUUUUUGU